AUGUAAAUUAUGUGAAUUGUUUCCGCGUGUUUCCUUCCCGCGCACAUCGUGUAAGGUGGAAGUUGGUCAUGGUCGUCCGCCAAACGGAAAGCCGCCAUGAUGGCUUUCUGCAAAGUACGCUCAAUAUGUAAAGUUUCGUUAUUGUUUUUCAUUAAUUGUGACUGAGUGCGUGCAAAAAUUAACCAUGGGAACGAACUAGAGUGUGCAAAGUGCAGUUUACGGUCCUUAAGGACCUUCUAGAGAAGCUAUAAAGUGAUUUAUUAGUGCAUUUUUGUGUCGACGCUAGCGUGUUUUGUUCUGUCAACAAAAUGUCGAAGCUCUCGUUUAGGGCGAGGGCCCUAGAUGCGUCGAAACCAAUGCCUAUAUAUCUCGCCGAGGAGCUUCCGGAUUUACCGGACUACUCGGCGAUUAAUCGUGCCGUACCUCAGAUGCCCUCUGGAAUGGAAAAAGAGGAAGAAAGUGAGCACCAUCUCCAGAGGGCGAUAUCAGGCACGGGGCUCAUAAUUCCAACACCGGAGGUGUGCGAGGUCAGCGACCUCGAGUUCUACGAGAGAUGUUAUCCAGCCGACUACAAAAUGCCCAAGCAGCACAUACACAUGCAGCUGCUGUGGGAGGAGCAGGAGGCGCCGGAGUACGACAUCGACUCGGAGGACGAGAGAUGGCUGAAGCAGCAGAGGCAUCCGGAGCUCACAGAACUAAAGUUCGAGCAAAUGAUGGACAAGCUGGAGCGCAGCUCUGGUCAGACGGUGGUGACGCUCAACGAGGCCAAGCUGCUGCUGGAGCGGCACGACGACCUCGUCAUCGCCGUCUACGACUACUGGCUCAACAAACGCCUCAACACGCAACAUCCUCUAAUCCUGUCGGUGAAGACGGAGCACCGGCCCGGACAGUCGUCGAACAAUCCUUAUCUAGCUUUCAGAAGAAGAACAGAGAAGAUGCAGACUAGAAAAAAUAGGAAAAACGACGAGAGUUCAUAUGAGAAGAUGCUGAAGCUCCGUCGGGAGCUGGCGCGCGCCCUCACACUGUUAGAGAUGGUGUCGAGACGCGAGCGAACUAAGCGCGAGUUGGUGCGUCUCACAGCACUGCUGGCGGAGCGACGGUACGCCGCUGGGGACUUCACCGCGCAGCUGCCCGAACCGGCCAGGCAAUACAAUACGGUGCCAAUAUCGACGUUAAGCUUCCGUCGGGAGGCGUACGCGGUGCAGCACUACCCGCCCCGCGCCCCGCCCACACCCGUCGACCAGCCCAGGCAGCGAGAGAAGCGUCCAUACAAGAGACGGAAACACAGGCACCACGCCGCCGGCUCCACGCAGGGGCUGCGAGAUUCUGGUGUGUGUACAUCAUCAGACGAGGAGGCGAGUGUGUCCGCACCCAGUGGGGCAAGUCCGCGAGCUGACACCUUUGAUGAUGGACCCUUCGCCUUUCGUCGCAAACCCGGCUGCUACUAUGAAAUGCCGACUUCAACUCUUUGUGGCGACCCUGUGGAUCCUGACAGUCCAUCAAAGGAAGGUCUUUUUGAACACGAACUGGAUGAAAGGCAUAGGUUCACACUGACGUCUGUAACGCAACCGUACACGAGGUGUGUUGGGUUCGCGCGGCGGCGAGUGGGGCGCGGCGGGCGAGUGCUGCUUGACCGCAUCGCCACCCCGCUGGACGAUCUCUGGCCAGCGCUGCCAUUCGCCUUCCCCAGCUCCAGCGAACACCGCAAGCUUAGAGACGAGGAGGUGGAAUUGGAAACAAAGGCGCAUCGCACCCCUAAGGAGAUGACGCGGGAUUACCACACGGGCGGGAAGUACCCCUGGCGCUAUGCCUUCCGACGGCAUCUCAAGCGCAACCCAGAUCUCUGGACCGUCGACCUCAAGCCGGAUGCUGAUGUUAAAAUGGAUGCCGACGUCAAACCGGACAAAGUGAAACAGGAGCCAAUGGAUGUCGAUGAACCGUUACCGGACUCCACGUUACCUCAAGAUGUUACAAGUGAUAUUAGUGUUAGUGCGAGAACUAUAGAGAGUGCGGUGAGAGAGAACCUGCAGCGCGUGAUGCGCAAGCGCUCGUGGAGCGGCUGCAGCCACGACAGCUACGACUCCGACGAGAGCCUCCAGCCCGUUGAGAAGGAGUUUGAACAGUUCAUCAAUGAAGUUAAUAAGAAAUGGUUACAUUUUCGACCAAAAACACCACCACCUUCGCCCCCGCACGAUUCUAAAAUGCCUGACGAUCAAUUUCCUCUCACGACGGAUACUCCAUUUUCUGUUGAAUUGAGGCUAGCAGAAGAUCCUCCCUCGGGAGUGCUAGAUCCAUUUAUAACAUCAGAAUUUACACUUGGAGACCUGUUUACGGAGCCCUUAAAACCGGACGUGGACCGCAGCGGAAACGGUCUAGAGGGAGAGGACCUACUCGGUGAUAACUUCACGGGCCUGACUGAGGCGCAAGUGGAGAGCAUUCUGUCAGAAACGGGCCUCAAAGCCAUAGAGGACGUCGAGCUGUCGAAGGACGACAAGAAGAUUGCUAUCAGCGACGAUCUAUUAGAUGAACUGGUGAAAGACGUAGACAAAGAUCCUUUUUUAUUGCAAGGCCAGAGCUCGGAUGGGCGUGCCGGCUCUGGCCCGAGGCGGAAGCGAGCGGAGGAAAGGUUCGGCUCGAGCGUCGUACACAUAUCGGCCGGUAAGGAGCCGAUAUACGCGGACAAGCCGGAGCCCCCCGCGCCGCGCACUCCGCCGCCCACUGAAACGCCCAAGGAGGUCAAGGCGCCCGCACAGCCGGUGCCCACCUCCAAGAUCAUCGUCGAGGAGGUCAACGAAGUGCCUCACAUCAAGGUGGAAAGGAAGAAGAAGGAGGACACGAUAGAGGAGAUCCAGCUGGCGCCCGGCGUGCAGCUGAAGACGGUGCAGACGAAGCACUCCCCGCUCAAGAAGCACAUUAUCACUUCGGCGGCGCACCGACGCAGUGCGGACGUCGUCGUCACCUCGCAGGACUCCAACCAGCCCCAGAUAGUCACAGUCGCAGUCUCUGACAGCUUGAAGGUGCGCUUGGCGAGUCAGGCGGCGGCGGUUAGCGGCGCGGGCGGCGGUGCCGUCGUGGGCCUCAUACAGAACGGGCCCUUCACCGCGCUCGCGUUGCCCGUCUCGCAGCGGGACGUCGUGACAGCCAGCGUGGGCAGCGUGGGCACGACGAGCAACGUGGUGAAUAUGGCGACAGUCGGGAGUGUCGGCAGUGUAGGCACCGUGGGUAGCGUGUCGAGCGCGACGGCGACGCGGCGCGUGGGCGCUCCGCUGGUGCAGCUGGCGCCCGCCGCGCUCGCUCACAAACCGCUGCAGCUGCACCCGCCGCCCGCCGUCGUGGUGGCGCCCCACGUGCACCACGUGCCCUCCAGUAAGCUGAAAGUGCUGCACGCGCACCCGCUUACGCACACGCAGCGCGCGCAGUUGCUGCAGAACCGCUCCCUCGCCCAACUGCCCACCGUAGUCUCCCUCGCCGCCCUCGGGGACGGGAAGCCCAUCCUCAAGGCCGCCCCGGGCUCCGUCACGCAAUACUUUGAGAUCAAAAGCGGCCAACUGGGCAAGGGGCCGCACUUGGUGAACGUGGUGCGCCAGCCGCAGCCCGGCAAGGCCACCGUCGCCCGGCUCGAUAUCAACGAGGCGCGGAAGCGGCAGGUGGUGUUCGACGGAGCGCUCAAGGGCAACAUGACAGCGGCGACGCGGCCGCAUCGCGUCAGCGUCAGUCUCGACGGGCGGCAGAUCGUGCGCGCCGCGCUGCCCGUGCGCGCGCCCAGCGUGCGACACCAGAUACAGCUCAAGAACCGCACCGUGCAAGUAGCCGCGCCCCUCGCCCGCCCCACCGAGCCCGCCACCUCCAUCACCAUCGCCGCGCCCGCGCACACCUCCAUACCCAGCUCCGUGGUCGCCAACCUGCUGCACAAAAACGUGCAGCUCCCCAAGGGCGGACAGAAGAUCGCCAUCUCCGGCCCCGGCGGCCUGACCGGCAACGUGCAGGCCAUCGCCUUCUCCACGGCGCAACUCAAGGCGCGCCAGGCGAGGCUAAUCGCUCAGCCACGCCCACCACCCGUUGCCGAGAUCGUGGAAGCGACGACCGCGCCGGCGGCGUCGUCUUCGGGUAUGGCGAGUGGGCUGAGCGGGUCGCUGCCGGGCGCGCUGUCCGGCGAGGCGCCACUAGAGGGCGGCGGCGAGGCCGAGGACGCGGCCACCAACGGCGCGGUGCGGCGGCGCGCCGGCGACACGCUGCCCAUGGAGGUCACGUGA